GGCUGCGCCGGCGGCCGCGCAGCCCACGGUAUGUCGGGCCGGUGACUUCAGCCGGGAGAUAUUUGGAGGCUCCGCGGGGUCCGGUGCGGGGGGCCAGCGUGUGUUUGGGUCUGAAAGCGAAUCAGCGGAGGGCGCGUCACUGCCAAAGGGCCCUAUAAAUCCAUCUGCGGCGCCGAGUCGCCCUGGCAAAGCCCCCGCGUCCGCGCGUCCGGCUCCGCGCUCCCCUCCGCCCGCGGGUGCGGCGCCCCCCGCGCCUCGCCCAGCCCCGCGCCCCCGCCCGCCCAGCCCCGCCGGCGCCCGGGGAGCCGGGCGCGCCCAGGCCCAGCCGGGGCAGCCGGAGCGGGCGCUCCCCGGCACUGGCCCGGCCUCCCGCCGCUCCCGCUACGCUCCCCGCUUGGAUCUAAGCUUUCGCCGCGACGGGACCCCCCGAUCUGGAGGAGGAAGCCUCGCUGCUACUGCUGCUGCUGCUACCGGCUCUACAAAUCCCAGCGCCGGCCUCUGAUUUUCCCAGCAGGCUGAGGAGGGUGGUUUGAUUUAAAAAAAAAAAAAAAAUUUCCCUCCCCUCCUCAGCUGGGGUGGGUUUUUUUCUGUGGGUUUUUUUGUUUUUUGGUUUUUUUUUUUCCUUCCCGCCGUUGUGUGCGUGUCCGAGCGGUGCGCGGCUCCCCGCGGUGCUGGACCAGCUGGCGUUACAGGAGCCCUGAUGUCUUCAUCUGACUCCCCGCAGUUGUUGAUGGAGCGUCUUUCUCAGAUUUCCAGGCAGGGUCCCAAGAGCAGCACCCAGAGCCAGCUCCCGCUGCCAGGCGGCGCUCCCCGCGGCUCGGGCCGCUCCCGCCGCUGCUGAGCGCGGCUCCGGGGCCGGAGCGGGCAGAGACCCCCGCGGCGCCGCUCCUGCCGCGGCCACAGCACCUGCGGCGGCGGCGGGGGAGGCCGCCGGGGCUUGUGCCGGCGGUUCCCCUCUGCCUCCACCCAGACUUGCGACCUUGCUCCCCCUCAUCCAUACGUGUCCCCCUCCUCCGCGCAAAGAGGUUCCCGGCGGUCGGACCUCGACCUGGCCCACAUGCAUCGCCCGUCCGGCCGCUCGGCUCCCCGGCGUUGAUGUCCGUCUCGGGUCCGACGAGACCAGCUCAGAGGGGCCUGUGUUGGAAGGAGAUCUAAGAUGAAGUUAUGGGAUGUUGUGGCUGUCUGCGUGGUGCUGCUCAACACGGUCUCCACCUUGCCCCUGCCCACCGGUAAGACGCCUCCCAAGGGGCCCCCUUCAGUGGUAGAGGGGCCUGAAGACGAUCUCUCCCCCAUCAGCCUGCUGCCUCCCUAUGCUGUGCACAGUGACUCUAAUAUGCCAGAGGAUUAUCCAGAUCAGUUUGAUGAGGUAGUGGACUUUAUUCAAGCCACCAUUAAAAGACUGAGGAGGUCGCCGGAUAAACAGACUCCAAUUUUUUCUAGGCGGGAGAGAAACCGGCAAAACGCAGCCACAAACAUAGAGAAUUCCAGCAGAAAGGGAAGGAGGAAUCAAAAGGGCAGGAAUCGGGGAUGUGUCUUAACAGAAAUACAUUUAAAUGUGACUGACUUGGAUUUGGGAUAUGAAACCAAAGAAGAGCUAAUUUUCCGGUAUUGCAGUGGAUCUUGUGAUGCAGUCGAGACCACCUAUGACAAAAUUUUAAAAAACUUAACCAGAAAGAAAAAACUAGUCCCUGACAAAGUGAGGCAAGCUUGUUGCAGACCCACAGCCUUUGACGAUGACCUGUCCUUUUUGGAUGAUAAUUUGGUUUACCACAUACUGAAAAAACAUUCCGCAAAAAGGUGUGGAUGCGUCUGAUGGCUGCAUGCCAGAGGCGACGCCAGUUUUGCAUUCCUGCUAUGAUGCAAUGAGAGGGACCAA